CAGCUUGGAGAAAGAAAAGAAGAUAUUUUGGUGGAUUUUCCACUUUUUGUCCUAAAGAGGCAAACAUGGAUGAACAAAAUCAAAGUGAAAAUAUUUACAGGUUUAAAUGGUUUAUGUCUCUGUCGCGAAAACGUUCUUCCAAAAUUAAUGAACCUACAAAACAUAAUAGUGCAAGUUCUGAAAAAUUGACUAACACCAGUGGAGUAUUUUUUACCCUUCGUAAGCGAUUUCAGAAAAAACUUACUUCUAUAAAGAUAAAAGCAUACGAACCUGAGCUAAUUUCUGGAACAAGCAAUCAUGCUGCAGAAAGCGACCGUCUGGCUGCAAACGUUUCGAAUCCUAGGUCUGACAACAACGAUUUUGCUCGGAUAGUCAUCGAGCGACAUAGUCAGAACCCUAUCAGAUUUUCAUCUCCAAACCUGCCUGUGAUAUCUAGUCGAGAUGCUCCGCCAACAUCGGUGACACCAAGGAAUGAAACAAGAGAUGCAGUCAGUGUGGAACAUAGCACUCUUGGUCCAACCAACAUUGAUGCUAUGAUGGAGAAAGUAAGAGAAGAUCUUCUCAAAUAUGGGUGGUACUGGGGAAAACUAACUCGAGCCGCUGCUCAAAAGCGCCUCGCCAGGCAGGACAAUGGUACAUUUCUAGUGCGAGAUUCGGAAACCGAAAAGGAUCAAUUUGCUGUCAGUUUUCGAAGCUCUGGUAUCACUCUGCACUGUAGAAUCGAUUACAAAGAUAACUAUUGGACAUUUUCUGGACUAACAACUCCUACGCAGUAUGGAACCAUGAUGGAUCUGAUUGAUGAUUCGAUGAGAAAAUCUGAAUUCGAUGUUAUUGGGUUCGGAAAGCAAACAUCCCCUCUUACGCCACCAUUCCCAGUACGGUUGAAAAAGCCAAUCAAUCGCUUUUAUGAAGUUUCAUCUUUACAGCAUAUGUGUAGAUUUAUAAUCCGACAGCGAAUUAAUACCAACGAUAUCACACGUCUGCCCCUGCCGAGUAAACUAAAGGAUUACAUAGAGGAAAACUUCUAUGACUUCUGAAAAUAUGCAUAGCUUAUUAUGUAAUAAAUAAAUCACAAUCUUUAGUCGAUAUGAUCAACAUGUAAGAC